ACGUUUUCCCCUUUCCUUCUAGUUCAUUCCAGAGCAGAGAGGGAGAAGCUUUGGGUUUUUCUGGGCUUUUUGUUUUCAUCUCCUUGCAGCUGGACCGUUGCUAGCGUCUUGCCGGACGGAAGUUUUCUCUGUAGGGAUAUCCUUUUCUUUUUAUUUUUUUUAAAAAAAAGCAAAAACAAACAAACAGAAAACAGUGCAGCUGCAUUCAGACUGUCUGCAUUUGAACCCAUGCUUCUGGAGCAAGUUUAACUCGGAGAGGAACAGCAGCAGGGGUACUACUCGUGCCUUUCCUCCGGCUACUUCUGUCAAGACGGAUUUAUGACUUGAAAAGGGAGGCGGGAGCGGAGGGAGGAAAAUUGCUUUCAGGAGCCAGAGACUCCACCACAGCCUAGCAAAACACACAUAAGGAGGCAGUGGGAUCUCAAGGCGUGAGCAGCACAGAAGUGGCACGCUGGGAUCUGGUGGAUCCUUGUGCGUAAUAUGAUUGAUCGUAAGCCUUUCAUCUGCCUUCACAGCGCCAAACUUUUGGAUUUAAGGUAGUUUGCCCUGGACCAGAUUUUGAUAUGUUGGCCAAGACUCUGCUUUCUCUCGGUCUCUGGCUGCAGUUUGCUGCGGGACACAACACACCUAAGGAAGGUCCACACCCCUCUGAUUCAGAGGGGGACCUCCUCUUCUUGCUGGACAGCUCUGGUAGUGUCUCCUACUAUGAGUUUUCCAGAGUCAAAGAAUUCAUAUGGGACCUCAUUCGACCUUUCACCUUCGGCCCCAAUGAUGUCCAGACCAGCAUCAUCCACAUCAGCACCACACCAACCAUGGAAUUCCCUUUUGACCGGUACCUGUCCAGUGGGACUGUGCAACAAGCCAUCCGGGAUACUCAGCAGCUGAUGGGUGACACUAACACAGGCAAAGCACUUUCCUAUGCCAAGGAAAAGUUUUUCAGUGAUGAAGCUGGUGCCCGGCCAGAUGUGCCUAAGGUACUGGUUUGGGUGACAGAUGGUUUCUCCACGGAUGACAUCUCUGAACCCAUGCAGCUCCUGAAGGACAUGGGAGUAACAGUCUUCAUCGUCAGCACUGGACGGGGGAAUUAUUUGGAGCUUUCGGCUGCUGCCAGCCAACCUCCUGAGAAGCACCUGCACUUUGUGGAUGUUGAUGACCUGCCCAUCAUCACAAAGGAGCUUCGAGAUGCUAUUCUAGAUGCUAUCCAAGCAAAUCGGUUACGUGCAAUGGAUAUCACCUCGAGCAGCUUCCGUCUGAUGUGGCCCAAACUCCUCUCCCAAGAAACUGGUUACUACACCCUAGAGUAUGUGCCAAUAGAUGAUCCAGCAAGAAAGAGGACAAAGCAAGUAUCUGGGGCUCACACUAACCUCAUGCUGAGCAACCUUGCACCGGAAACCACUUACCAGGUGGCGCUCAUUCCUGAAUCCAACGUGCACUACAUUCCUCCUCAGACAACAAGGGUUACAACACUGGCAGAGGAAAUCAGUCCAGCUCAGGUUCUCAUCUCUGAGUCCAAGCCACACAGUUUCCAUGUUAGCUGGGCUCCCACGCCGGACAGUGUGAUCGGUUAUCAGAUCCUGUAUGGGCCACUCCCUGGGGACUCAGUGAAGCUGCUGGAGGUGGAUAGCAAGCGCAACAGCACUGUGGUGGAGAACCUGGCACCCAAUACAACCUAUCUAGUGACAGUGACUGCCAUCUACAAAUCAGGAAAGGAGAAAUCCCUGUCAGCUAAAGCAUGCACACAGGAAGAGGGCUCCAAGGUGAGGCGCCUUCGCUUUGAGAACAUGGGUCCCAACACCCUGAAAGCCUCCUGGGACUCUGCUGAUGGGAAGGUCCUUGGUUACCGAGUUAGGUGCCGGCGACAAACUGGCCCCUCAUCUCUCAUCAGCGUUUCACCACAGAUCCACAGCGUGCUCCUCGCAGAUCUGGUUUCAGGCACCACUAACAAAGUGUGUGUGAAGCCAAUGUACAAGAACCAGCCAGGCAAAGGGCUAUGCCGCAUGGUACACAUGCAGCCAGCUACAGAAGCCCAAGGAUAUAAGCACAGACAGAGAGCAUGACAGGCACUGGAGUGAACUGAUCCCCCACAGAGGAAGGGAAAAGCUUGGACAAGAUAGAGGGUUCUGAGAGGAAGCCAGAAACCUCACAGAUCAUCUCCCAGCCUUCACUGUGCCUUGAGCUGUAUCAACUGUUGAUGGUUGUCAAGCGUAAACACUAUCCUUAGCCAGGUUCUCCCAAAGCUUAAAGGUUUAGCUUGGCUGCAUUGAACAAGCAACCUGACUGAUAGAUCCCAAAUCUGUACCCUCUGUUAUGUAACGAUGCCUGACAAAUAGCAAAGAAAGCUGUUGUUUGCUUGCUUGCUGUUCUCUAUUUAUCAAAUGUUGAUACAAUUUUAUUUUUCAGCCUAGGAGCAUGUUCAAGAUCCAACAGUUUACUGCACUACUGUUUUAUUCUGGGGACCUGCGCUCAGUGAAAGAAUACAAGUAGCCAAAUCCACUUCUACUGUCAAUAACCACCAAAACUGAUGUACUCUACAAAAAGCAGCUUUCUUCCAGCUCACCAGUAUACUCCACAGGUAGCUCAAAUUAGCCAUCCCAGAAGUAUAGCCAUUUCAGGAAUGGAAUGAAAAAGCAUUAGGAGAAAGAAUAGCAAAAUACAAAAAUGUACAGUACAUGGAGAUCUAGCCUAAGGCACUGAGACUUCUGAGAAGAGGAAGAAAAGAGGCCAGAAUAUGGGGGUAACAUCUUGCUUCUUAUAAACUGCAAGGACAGUAUUGUGUUCCCAGGUGGUCUGCAUUUUAUGGCAGAGCUUGGUCAGCAUCCUCUGAGUAGGGUUACACCAGGCUGGGGCUGAUGAGCAUCAGCAGAAUCUAGGAGGUAAGUUUAUACUGUGCCUGCCCUAUGUAUUUUUGAGGCUCAUCCAUACUGCUCCACUCUCUCUCUCUGAUACAACGACAUGCAGAUCCCUGCUGGACUUUGAAGUAUCCAGAUCCUCCAAGUCAUUUGCCUUGGGUUUUGGUGUCAGUCUGAGAGAACGGACAACUCAAAACAGCUAGGAAGCCACCUCCAUAGCUGGUGUUACUAUACUCUAAAGCUCUCAGCCCUCAGCUGAGUUCAGGAACAUCAGUGAAACACAGAAAGCCAGGCAUCAAUGCCAUUUAAAACAGCUAUUUUUGUUUCUCUUUUAAACAUACAUCUCCAAACUGUAAUACUGCCUGGAUCAUGACUACUGAACUAUGCUGGCAUACCUACAAACAUUUUCACUGAGGCAGGAAUGAGUCCUGCUAUCAGAGCAGUUAUAUAGAGACUUAAUUAGGCUGUUCUAUGACUAAUUAUGAAUCACCUGUGUCCAGUACUAUCAUUCCAGGCUCUAUGCUCCACACUUUGAAGACAUGUCAUAUAUCUUUAAGUAGCUGUCUUGUCCUGGGCUCCUACCUUGCCCUAAGCUUGAGUUACAUUUAAAAAUGAGGUUUUUAUGGUGAAAGUAAAUCUGAUUCCUUCCCUUUGCUCCUAGGCUUGAAUUUGCUGUCAGAAGGCUACCCUUCAGAAAGGGGAGGUGAAAAAAAGAGGGUUAUUUUGCUACCUAGUGAUGAAGCCAUUUUAGAAGCACAGUUCCAAAAUUCAGGGCUUAGGGCUGUGAGGCAAAGUAGAUACUUCUAUGGUAACUAAAAGCAGCAUCAGUUGACAUAUACUCCCUCAGUAACGCUUGCUCUACUUUAAGUUUUUUGCUUAUUUGUCCUACAUGUGGAACACGUUUUUUUUAAAGCUGUGCUGCAUGUUUGGAGAACCUUCAUGCAACAUCACUCCAUCCUGCAAACCCUCCAUAACUCUGCUUAUGGGCUCUUUAAAUCAGUUCCUUUUGGAACCAAGAAGUACUUUGUCACCGACCUUGUCUCCCCUCUGCUAAACUUGACCUAUCUAGAUUUACAGAGUACUUGCCUUGUGCUGUCUCCUUGUGCAGGCAGAUGGGAUGGGAGGGAGGUGAGUCACCCAUUAACUAAAUAAGGAGAUUUCAUAUGAUUUAUGUUCUCUUUUGGAAUGUGGCUUGGAGCCUGAUCAAUCUGGAGACUCUGCUGAGAGAAAGAUACAGCCUCUGGAAUCUCCCAUGAUCUCAAGAUCAUCUUGUUCAUCUUGCUAUAGGACAGAGAUUAUUUAAUUUUGCAAAACUCCCUGCAUAGUUUACUAAAUCCUUAACAUUCCCUCCUCUUCCACAUUGUAAUGCAUCCUUUUGAAAACACCCCAUUAAAUAUACAAUAUGAGUUAUUGA